AUGAAAAACCCGAAUUACCCGAAACCUAAGUUAUCAGGGUUUGUAGGGAUGGAAUUGAGAUCGAAUAGGGUGUUAAAAAGUGGAAGACAUCGUGUUGUUUUGGGUCUUGAGAAUAUCAAAUCUCCUAUUGCGAAGAGGAAAAGGAGCUCUGGUAACAAGGUAGCAAAUGAGGCUGAGAGGUCAUCACUGAGAUCUCAUGUAUCAAAUUCUGGUAAAAAAAGAGCAAAUGAGGCUGAAAUUGGGGUAUGUGUUGAUAAUCCUGAUGAAGAUCUUGAAAUGGGUACUGUAUUUUCAGAAGGUAUAAAAGUUGGAUUAAAUACCGAUGAUAAAGGUUUGUUUUUGGGAUCAGAGGUGUUGGAUCCUAUCAAAGAUUUACCAGUUUCUUGUUCCGAAGGAGAAAUCGAAGAGGAAAGUGUUGAAUGUGUUCCUGUUGAAGAAGGAAACAAAUCAUCAACUAGUGAAACUGAUCACUGUUUUAAGGAAGAAAUUAAAUCACCAAUGGACUGUGAACACGAGUCUGAACAUGUAGAAUCUGAAAAACUUGCUGAUGAUACAAAGAUUGUCCAUGGUGAUGACUUGUCAAUGUUGAAUGCUGAUAAUGGUAUUGAUAAAGUUAGGCAAAAAAGGGGAAGAGGCAGGCCCCGAAAGAAAAAGAGAAAAAUUAGCAACUUAAACAAGAAUGAAGUAGAAGAUGUAAAUGGUGAAGUUGUUGAAAGUGGUAUUGUAAAACAGAAAAGAGGAAGGAAAAGGAAAAAUGUUAAGAAAUCUGAAUGCAAUGGAGAUGAAAGAGCUAAAAGGAAGAAAGUUGGGGUUCGGGUUAGUGAGAGGGUAUUGCGGUUGAGGAAUAAGGUGGUGAGUGGUGGCUGCACGGUGGUUGAUGGUGGCAGACCGGAGAAGAAGAUAGAGAGACGUGGAAGGCCUCGUAAGAUACGUAUUGAAACGGAUGAGAUUCCUUUAAAACCCUUAAAAAAACGGGGAAGACCACGCAAAAUAGAUAGUGAAAACAAUCAACCGAAUGUGAAACCAAAAAACAAGAAACUAAAACAGGGGAAAGAAAAGGUAUCAGAAAAGAAAAGACUCAAAGAUAUGAUUUUGAAGAAACUCAAAAUGAGAAAAAGAAAAUUGAAGCUUGUGGCCAUUAAAAACAGCAACAGUGGGUUAGAGGCUAAUAAAGUGAAAAGAAUAAGAAUUCGUAAUAAGAAAAGUGUUGUUGGUGAGGGCAUUAUUGGAAGAGGAGAACGUAAGAAGUUACUGAGAGAGAAACUUCUUGAUAUACUUUCAAAGUCAGGGUGGACAUUUGAGCGUAGACCAAGGCUCAAUAGGGUGCAUCAGGACAUGGUGUAUAUUGAACCUAAUGGGAGGACACAUUGGUCAAUCACAAGAGCUUAUGCUAAGCUUACAAAAAAAAUCAAAGAUGGUGUUGCUGAUACUAAUGAAGUCUCUGCAUUUAUGCCAAUGUCACUUGUACAAAUCAGCAUGCUAUCCAAACGUGUGGAUAAAGAAUUAGGCUGCAAGAAGAAGAAAAACAAAAUACAGAAAGAUGGAAAAAGCAUUAAAAAAGUAUUCACCACCAAAAAGAAGAAAAAAGAUGGCAAACCGAAACGUGAAAAGGGUAUUAUUGUCAAAAACCGAAAGCCACGCCUUUUAGUUCGUGGUUCAGAAAAGGGGACAAAACAAGAUAGCAAAGGCUGUUUAUUGUAUUAUAACAGGAAACGUAACCUUUUAUCAUGGAUGAUUGAUUCGGGGGUAAUUUUGUCCGGUUGGAAAGUGAAUUAUGGGAAAACUAGAAGGAAGAAAAAGGCAUCGGAAGGGACAAUUACAAGUGAUGGGAUUGUUUGCAGCUGCUGUAAUCAAAGUAUGAGUAUAUCAGAAUUUGUAGGUCAUUCUGGAGGGAAACUUAAUCAGGUGUUUGAUGAUAUAUAUUUGGAAUCUGGAGUGUCUUUUAGGAAGUGUUUAUUGGAUUCAUGGAGGAAAGAAGAGGAUUCUGGUAGUAUCAGAUUUAAUCUUGUUGAUAUUAAAGGAGAUGAUCCGAAUGAUGAUACAUGCAACAUUUGUGGAGAUGGUGGAAAUUUGAUCUGUUGUGAUGGUUGCCCUUCUACAUUCCAUCAGAGUUGCCUUGACAUUCAAAAUUUUCCUCCUGGUGACUGGAAUUGCUUCUACUGUUCCUGCAAAUUCUGUGGAGUGGUUUCCGUUAUUGCCCCUGACAAACCUUCAUCAUCUGAAAUGCUCUCAUGUGGUUUAUGUGAGGAAAAAUUUCACCAAUCGUGCUCAGUCGAAGUGGGACCCAUUGAUAUGGAUUCCAACAGACCACCUUUUUGUGGGCAGAAAUGUCAGGAGCUGUUUGAGCGAUUGCAAACGUUUAUUGGAGUGAAGAAUGAACUUGAAGAUGGAUUCACAUGGAGUCUGCUUCAGCGUUGUGAUAUCAGUCAAGAUUUGAGUAUUCAUGACAUCAAAUUAAAGGUGGAAAAUAAUUCGAAAUUGGCUGUUGCAUUUUCUGUUAUGGAUGAAUGUUUUGUGCCAAUUGUUGAUGGGAGAAGUGGAACCAGUAUAAUCCAUAAUGUUGUAUACAACUGUGGAUCAAACUUCCGGCGGCUGAAUUAUGGUGGGUUUGUUACGGCUGUACUAGAAAAGGACGAUGAGUUGAUCACAGCAGCAUCUAUACGGUUACACGGGUCCCGGUUAGCUGAAAUGCCAUUUAUUGGGACCCGCCACAUGUAUAGACGUCAAGGGAUGUGUCGCCGCCUUCUCGAUGCAAUUGAAUCCACUCUUUCUGCUAUUGGUGUGGAAGAGCUGAUCAUUCCUGCAAUCCCUGCACUUCUGCAAACAUGGACCAAGGUUUUCGGUUUUCUCCCACUUGAAGAAUCAAAGAAACAAGAACUGAAGUGCAUGAGCAUGAUUGUGUUUCCUGGUAUCAAUAUGCUUUGGAAGCCUCUUUUUCAUCCAUCUGCAGAUUCUGAUGAAAAAGACUUGGAAUGUACCACAAACGAUAAAAGUGUCUCUCAAACGACACCAAGCAAUGCAAUAAUAGAUUGCAAUGAAAUGCCUGCUGAAAAUGGCAUUGAUUGUGAAAAAUUGGAAACCAAAUCAUCAAAUGCAGUGGUCGAUUGUGAGGAAAAGCCUCCCGGGGUUGCAAAAGAUGCUUCUGUUGGUUGUUAUGAACAAAUGGAAGAAGAUAUCAUCAUAAUGGAUAAUGGCGGAUGUCCAAAAGAUGAUAAAUUAACUGCUUCUGACAACCUGUACGACUUAAAUUUUCCAGUAAAAAACAUUCCGGAUUGUACUAGAAUGACUUGCGGGCCACACCAACCGUCGGAAUCUGAAUCACACGUUGAGAAUGGUGGUUCUGUUUCUGUUGUGGUCAAAGAGUCUCCAUUGACUUCCCAAUUGGUUCCCAAAAUCACCUUUGACUUGAAUCUGCACCCUACAACAACUGUGAGCCUAAGAUUUGCAGGUAGGUUUAUGCCAGUUAGAUCUGACUCCGAGGCUGGUAAAGUGGAUCUUCAUGUUAAGGCGGGAGCUUUUGGUAAUUUUGCACUAGUUUUUUUUAGCAAUAGCCGUUGUAGGGUAGGCAGGAGCAACUCAUGGGGACAAUGGUUGUGUCUUGGAAUUUGCUGUGUCUGAAUAAUCAUAAAGAGUUUGUAGAAGUUGUGUUGCCCCUUUCCAUUUGCAUUAUGCCCCUUUCAAAGUGUGAUUAUGUGUAGUUGUUAGCUUUUUUGACGUAGCUGUUCACAUUAAAAGGAUAACUCCUUUUAGAGUAGUUAAUGAGUUAAUUCCCAAGUGAUCACCACUAAGCUUGACCAUCUUAAGGAUGAAUGGGUGGAGAACAACACACACCGAAAACAAUGUCUCAUCUUCAUUCCCACCUAUAUUUGAGUGCUUUAUAGGGAAGCAAAUCAACAAUAACCUAAACUUAAUUCAAAACUAAUGUGAUGAUAAUUAUGAUUUAUACGAC